GAGUGUCGCUGCACUUUACCCCAGUUAUAUAAACGUAUAAACGCAUACAGCGCUCCAGCGGUUCAUCUCGUCGGCUCUGUGCAGGAUUCAAGAUGUCCCGGGCGGCAGACAGAUUGAAAGUGGUUUUGAAUCACCUCGACCGCUCCCACGGUGCUGUCAGAGCAUCCUUCACUUCUGCACAAAGCGUGUCGUACCACCAUCCUCAGGUCCUACAAUACACUUUUGACACCGGUGUCCUGACUCCAGAACAGAGAAUUGCUUAUGAAGAGAAUGGUUUCAUACUCAUCCGAAAAUUGGUAUCGGAAGACGAUAUUGAGAGAUUCAGGAAUGAGUUUGAGCGCAUCUGUAAAAGAGAGGUGAAGGUGCCUGGUUUGGUGGUCAUGAGAGAUGUUACCAUUGCUAAAUCAGAGUAUAUUGAAGGUGAGAAGGCUGUGACCAAACUUCAGGACUACCAGGAAGAUCCAGAACUGUUCCGCUACUGCACUUUACCACAGAUCCUGAAGUAUGUGCAAAGUUUCACCGGACCCAACAUUAUGGCCAUGCACACCAUGCUCAUCAACAAACCACCUGACACGGGUAAGAAGACCUCUCGCCAUCCUAUGCACCAGGACCUACACUACUUCCCCUUCCGCCCUGCAGACCGUAUUGUGUGUUCGUGGACCGCCAUGGAGAAAGUGCACCGGGGAAAUGGCUGCCUGGUUGUCCUGCCCGGCUCUCACCAUGGCACUCUGCUGGAGCAUGACUACCCAGAAUGGGAGGGUGGAGUAAAUAAGAUGUACCACGGGCUGCGUAACUAUGACCCAAACCACCCCAGAGUCCAUUUAGAGAUGGAGAAAGGAGAUACCGUGUUUUUCCACCCUUUGCUGAUCCACGGCUCCGGAAUGAACCAAACCGAUGGAUUUCGAAAGGCCAUCUCCUGUCACUACGCCAGUUCUGACUGCUAUUACAUUGAUGUGAAAGGAACCACUCAGGAGAACAUCAGCAAUGAAGUGAAAGAGCUUGCAGCCAAGAAGUAUGGAGUUGACGAUACGGUUACCUUUCAGGACACCUGGGCUUUGCGGGGACGUCUGGUCCAAGGAGACAGGACAUCGAUGUGAUUGCAGUGCUUAUCUGUCUGCUUAGAAAGAGGAUGGCUUAACAACUGGAAUAAUUAACAGCACACAGCUGUUUGUUAAUCAUCUAACAAUCUCCUUAAAAGCUGAGAACUAAAAGUACAAACUUUGGCCAUCAGGUGGCGCUGUAGGGAAUAAAUCACGGGGCGCAUUUAGUGAAUUGCCAUCUGUGCCUGGGACAAGCAGUCCCGAUACCAAUAUAAUAUUAAUGAAAGCCAGACAUUGUAAUAUUAUCAUUAACGGAUCUCGGUGUGGAAUUUUUUUAAGCAUUGCAAGAACAUUGGGAAUUUAUCGUCUUGGACCGGUACUUCAGGUCGUUCGUGAGAGUGUUUCCUGCAAGGAAUUAGUGAGAUUAUUGCUUAGGGUGAAAUACUUUGAUCAGAGCUUGAGUUCACAGCGGACACUUGGGAAGAUUAUUGGGAAGAUAAUUGAGUACAGCAUUCAAUCGGCCUCCACUUGAAAUGUCUAAGAUAGCUUUGUGCCGUAGGACAUGAUGGUUUUGAAAGAAUCAGAAGCAAAGCAAUAAGAGGAAGAUGUAUUUUAUGGUUAAUUCUGGAAUAUUAAAUGGAUUAAAUGUUGGAUCAACAUUAGAUCAGGUCUAUAUGUGCCUAUUAAACUUAUUAAACACACUGCUCUUGGACAAAAUGUAAUAAAACUAAUGAAAGUUUAUAUCAUAUAAUUUUGCUUAAUAGCAAAUAAACAUUUAUUUUAAACUAA